UAGGCUGACAUACAACUGAAAACAUGAUCGUUUUCAUGAAAUCAAACACACACCUCUCAAGAGUGUAUAUGAAAAUCAGUAGUAAGGGAUCGUAACUAUUUUUUGAGGUUGUGAUGAUUGUUAUACGCAGAAAGAUAUAUACGAACUAGCAUAAUUUGAAAUUUAUUUGUGUGUCUUUCUUUCUUUUUUGACAUAUAUAUGAAACGCAUUUUUACAAAAAUGGAUAACAGCGACGAGUUACCUAAUAAAUUAGCCCUUGUUGAACGAAAUAACGCACCACAAGGUUUACAACUGGUUGAUCCAAAUUCUGUAACUAAAUCAUCAAAGGAAGACUUGGUUGUAUUAGCAAGAGAAAUACAAAAAGCCGACAGUUUUGUCAAAGCUAACGCAUGUAAUAAGUUGCAAGUUAUUGCAGAACAAAUGAAAUUCCUUCGGAAACAAGCUGAAAAUAUUUUAUUAGAAGUUAAUCAAAAUAUGAAACUAAAUCAUGUCGCUUGUAAUUUCGUAAAACAUCCUGGACAAGUAUAUCAUUUAUAUGAACGCGAGUCAGGUCAAUGUUAUUUUUCUAGGAUUAGUCCAGAAGAAUGGGGUACUUCAGGCCCAUCUCAAACUUAUAAAGGAUCAUACAGACUAGAACAGGAUCAUUCGUGGACAUCUGUUUCCAAUAUUCAUAGUAAAGAUAAUGAAUUAAGUAUUUUUAAUAAACUUCUAUCGAAUAAUGCAACAUUAAAUAAUAGUUUAGAUACACUUGCUAUUAAUAUAAUUUCUAAAUAAAUUAUUGCGUUUAUUAUUAGAAUAACAAAUUGUUGAAAACGAAAAAAAAAUACAUAACAUAUAUAAACAA